AUACAGACUAGGCUGCCAACACUUAGGAUUGGCAGCAGUUGCUUUCUCCCUUCAGACGCAAACCUUCCAAAAACACUCAGCUGCGCGCUCGCCGCUCGUGGAACGAUGGCGCCGAAGGCAGCCCCCAAAGUAGACAAGGCGAAAGCGGCUGCCAAACAGAAGGCCGCUGAGGACAAGACUUUCGGCCUUAAAAAUAAGAACAAGUCGGCCAAGGUGCAAAAGUAUGUGCAAAACGUCAAGACGAACGCGACGCAGAACCUUGGCGCCUACAAGCCCGUGGAGGCGAAGAAGAAGGACAAGGCUCCGGAUGAGCUGGGCAACAUUUUUCUGCCGACCAUUAAGCAGCCAAAGGUGCCGGACGGCGUGGACCCCAAGUCCAUCGUGUGCGAGUUCUUCCGCCACAACCAGUGCACCAAGGGCAACAAGUGCAAGUUCAGCCACGACCUGUCGGUGGAGCGCAAGGGCCCCAAGAUCUCGCUGUACGCCGACCAGCGCGACCUGGGCAAGGACGGCGAGGACAAGGAGGGCAUGGAGGACUGGGACCAGGCCACGCUGGAGGCGGCGGUGAAGCAGAAGCACGCCAACGAGAACAAGCCCACGGACAUCAUCUGCAAAUUCUUCCUGGAGGCCGUGGAGAAGAAGCUGUAUGGAUGGUUCUGGAAGUGCCCCAACGGCGAGGACUGCAAGUACCGGCACGCGCUGCCGCACAACUACGUGCUCAAGAGCCAGAUGAAGGAGCUGCUAGAGGAGGAGGCGCGCAACACCAAGGACAUUGCGGAGUCCAUUGAGGAGGAGCGCGCCAAGGUGGUGGCGCGCACGCCCAUCACCCAGGAGACGUUCAGUGCCUGGCACCGGGCGAAGCGCGAGGCCAAGGCGGCCAAGCGGGCGACGGACGAGGAGGAGCGGCGCAAGAAGGGCAUCCUCAACGGCCGCGAGAUCUUCAUGCAGGAGGGCUUCGUGGCCAACGACGACGCCAGCGCGGCGGACGAGUACGGCUUCGAGGUGGACGAGGAGGAGGAAAUCAAGGCCAUGAUCGAGCGCGCGGCGGCGGCGGCGGAGGCGGCCAGGCAGCAGGCGGAGCUGGGGCCAGUGCCGGAGGAGGCGGAGGAGGCGAACGAGGGCGCGGGGCCAUCCGGCAGCGGCGCCGGGCCAUCCACACACCUCAACCUAGAAGACGAGGAGGCGCAGGAGCUGUUCGAUGACGAUGAUGACGACGACGAGGAAAUGGAGGACGACGAGGAAAUGGACGACGACGACGACGACGACGACGAGCUGGAGGGGCUGGAGGACCACGUGAAGGGGAUGCACGUGGGCGGGGCAGCAGGGCAAUGAGGGGGGCAGGCGUGUGCGGGGUGGGGGACAGGGCAGGGGGCAGGCAAUAGGUUGGGGCAGGGUUGGCAGGGGGUUACUGAGGGUUGCAUGCGGUGCAGGCAGGGGCGCAGUACAUUGAGUCAGGGGGCAGCUUGAGGUGACGGGCAUGAAACGGUGGCGUGUUUGGCGGACGUGGAGGCGUUGAGACCUUAGAUGCCGGUACCAGACGUGGGCUGGCGGCGGCGGCAGCGAUAUCAUAGGGUUGGGAGCCGUGGUGUGGCGAAUCACGGCGUACGGUGUGGUCAGCCGUGGCUUGCGUGGAGCUAGGGCUGGGAGGCGUGACUGACGUCUGGGGUAUCCGCUGAACUACUAAAGGCCGAGGGUGCAGCAAAGGCAGGUGCAGGAUGAAGUCCAGUUUCCGACAGCUAAAUUCAACAGGUUGGUGCUGUGUUGAUGAGUGUACAAUCCCGUUGGUUGUGCGCUUGUAUGUUAAAUAUGCAUGCACACCACUGAACCCAAUGUGGGCAAAGCGGGGGCGCACGCCGCAUUCACUCCAGCUCUUCGACCCCUCACGGUCUCACAGGUCCUCGGGCACUCGAACCACGUACUGUCUGCCUCUGUUUCGCAUUCUCGCUUUGUAUCUGGCACCUAAAGUGCUACGCUCGACAUUGCUUAGUGCGUAUGCCGCGCCCCAUCCACAAUACCAUCCUCACGACAUCACGAAUGUAUGAACGACUGCACGCGACGCUCACUCUUGCUCACGCACUUCUCGUGUCACGCUGUGAAUCUGGAGUCACGUUCAGCUCGCAUGCACGCUUAUCCCAGUUCAAGACACUCCGCUCACAGCACCGCUCACAGCACCGUUCACGCCUCCCGCACGCGCAUCCAACCGGUCUCAUGCCCCCGCCCCGUAAAGGAUGGCCUCGAUGUAUAGUUGUUUGAAUAAACGGCAUGAUGAAAACCCUCAGCCAUUAUCGCACAUAAUACUUA